CGGCAGUUGCCGGAUUUCUUGACGCAUGAACUUAUCAAUUAUCAAUAUCAUCAGAUCCAUCACCCUCUAUCAAUGUGUCCAUUUUAAGCGAAGGAAAUUAUAAAGGAAAGAAAAUUUAAAAAUUACAGAACCUCAACGAAAUGUCCAUCUCGGCUUCCGCCAUCAUCGUCAUCGCCAUUUGCGCCUCGGGAGUUGUAGUCACCAUCAUGUUCGUCUUCGCUCGGUAUUUCGGCGCGAAUUUCCUCGAGAUUAAUAUAGCGGGGAGAUCGCAGGAACAAGAUCUAUAUAUGCGGCAGGUCCGCCAAAGGUCACAAGCGUACGCCUACGCCGAGGCGCUGAAAGCCACCGGUGGUGUCUCGACGACGAGAACGUCACAAGUGUGGUCGACACCGGAUACGCCUGGUGCUGGAGCUGGAGGCAGUUGGGGCCAGGGUCGAUCGAACCAGCAACAACAAGGACAAGGACAAGGAUAUCCUGGAAACGGCAGUAGCAAUUAUGUCAACUACUCAAGCCUUAACGAAGGACAGUACUAUGAGCAAUCGCCAUACGAACCUGGCAACGACAAUAGCUAUUUUGCGCAUAACCAGCAGCAGAAUACGCCGAUACAACUUGUCUCCCCUGUGAAUGCUGAGUCGUCAACCCGGUGAGUCCAUCAUCAAUUCAGCGGAAGUACACAGCAGAAGUACUAAUCCAGGACAU